AUGGUCCCCAGAGCCUUUCUUUUCACCUCGGCACCGCCCCAGAAAGCGAUGCAGCCUUCGGGCACACAAGAACACACCCCUCGACCGGGUUGGAAUCGAGUGGGUGGUCAUCCUACCAAACAUGCUGGGAUUACCGCUUCGCUCAUGACCACUCCGGUGGUGAUCCCGCCAAAACGCGGCUCACAUACUCCCGUACGGCGAGAAGGGCGGUCCCGCACCCCUUCGAGGACGUCGGCUUCGUCUCGCAGAUCCUCUUCCUCGUCCUCCAAUGACCGGACUUUGCCCAUGUCCUUUGCCUCUAUGUUGGACGCAACGGCGAUUCCUGUUCCACGACGGUCAUGGUCCACUCGGAGGCCUCGGAAACUUCCCCGAGGGAACCAUGUGGAAGACUUCAGCCGGAUCAUGCAGGAAGGUCUGAAGGCGAAGGAGGUCUAUCUGAUGGGUGGCACAAGCAACUCGCCACUGGAUAUCUUAUUGAGUCCACCAGAUAAAGAACAUGAAAAGUAUUCGAAUGGCCAUGAGUUUGAAUCCGACAUCCCCUUCUCCCCACAGUCCGUAUCAAGUGACUCAGUCCCCUCACUUGUGCCCGACUUGGGGUCCCCCUCCAGCUCGCUCCUGCCACCAACACCAGCCGGUCUUAAAAGCCCAUCCGAGAGGCGGCAGCUACGAUACUCCCCUGCCGAAGACUGCGCCCUUGACCACCCUCUUCUUGAAACGGAGAUGGAUGAUUGUGCACUGGUUGAGUUUGAGAAUCACCAUGAGCCGAUCAUACAUGAUGCGGUCACCUCAAAGCGAUCUACCUCGUUCAAAUCCUUCCCCAGCUUGAGAUCGUCCUUCAAGUCGAAUCUCACAGCGUCAUUACGAGCCAUCAAAUCCGCCGCGCAGUCGGUCUCAACCUUUACCACGCCUUCUGUCCAACCAGAAGACUUUCUCACGCGAUCCCUCUUCACCAUCACCCCCGAAAUGACCGAUGAUCGCCGCCCACCACCUAUGCAGGAACCGCCUUCUCCAGCUCUGCGACGCUACCUGAAUCCAACCCCUGUCUCUCCCGCCGAGAUGUGCGUCUACCAUGACCACCCUCACGACAAGCCCCAGUCGGCCAGUACUUGUGCCGUCUCAAUUCAGAUGCAGACGUAUCGCCGUUCUCGCGGCCGAGGUAACCGGCGCAAUCACUUCCACGUCGUUGCCUUGAAGAAUCGCGACCAGUAUCACACCUAUGAUCCUGAGGUGCCGCCCAUGUCGCGCCAGCGCGAACCCCGUGAGAACAGUGACUUCCUUCGUAUGGUCGUUCUUGAGAUGAACAUGCGCCGCAGCGGCAAGCUCCGAGAGGAUAUUCCCACACGGGCCCGCAUCAUGCUUCCCCCUCGCAAGAGCAAUCCUUACCGCUUGUCGACCGACUACGAAGAUGGCGAUGAUAACGACGCCAUCCCAAUCCGGUGGGUGGGUGUCUCGGUUUGA